UCAGGCAGCGGUGGUCAUGACGCACAUUAGUCCAAUAGAAUAGUGAAUAGCGGCUACUACGAAUAUUCAGAUCACGUGAUCAGGAAACAAGAUGGCGGCGACUAGGCGAUUGAACAAGGAAAGACAAGAUCUUGAUAAACACUCGGCCACAAUUAAAGACAUCACUGUUGAUGAGAGUAAUAUAUUGACAUGGACAGCAACUCUACUCCCAGAGUUCCCCCCUUACAACAAAGGAGCAUUUAGAAUAGAAAUCAACUUUCCACCGGAGUAUCCAUUCAAACCACCUAAAGUGACAUUCAAAACAAAAAUAUACCAUCCUAACAUAGAUGAGAAGGGACAAGUUUGCCUGCCAAUUAUUUCAGCAGAAAAUUGGAAACCUGCCACUAAGACAGAUCAAGUUCUUAUGUCAUUACUUGCACUCGUACAAGAACCUGAACCAACGCAUCCACUACGUGGAGAUUUAGCUGAAGAAUACACGAAGGACAAGAAAAAAUUCAUGAAAAAUGCUGAGGAACAUACGAAAAAGCAUGCAGAGAAGCGUUCAAGCUAAUGCAAGCUAGAGUUUGGACUAAAAUUUCAAACUUGGGACAUGGUGUGGACAAAGUUUGAAAAUGGAAGUAAUGUGCCAUUGCUAAGUCAGCAACAAUGCCGUGGAAUGUUUGACAAAGUGACUUAACAUAAGACUUCUUUUAAGACUUGCUCGGUGGGGGCAAUCCCUUUGAAAUACUUUGGGAAGUUAGAACAUGAAUGCCGUUGUUUUAUCCCUUAAUUUUAAAAUGCUAAUGUUCUCGAAUCAGAUUUGAUCACAUUUCCAAGGUUGCGACCUAAACUUCAUGUUGUCAGUAUUUGUUGUGACCUUGAAAUAUUUAAAUCUGAAAGGUAAAAUAUUGUUUGACACCUGUUGGCCAAAAUAUUGGCAAACAUUGCAUAAACAGUCAUCAGUGAGUUGGGUAUAUUUAAUUUCUGUGGUCUUUGAUGCACUGGAGAUGACGUGCUUCCAGGAAUAAUUUGUUGAUCAAUCUGUGGCGGAUAAUCUCUCACAGGAUUAUGCUUAGGCAAAGGGGAUAUCUACAGGAGGAAUAGGGUUGAUGUAUAAGGGCUGAAUUUCUAUUUUAUUGUUAGUGAUGGUGGGGAUGAUGUUUUGAUUGGCUGGUGAAGAUGGGGAGAAUAUUUGAACACCGGGUCAGAACCAUACAUCGUGUUCCAAGUUGUUGCAAACUGUGGCGAUGUUCCUAUAUGUCCUAUGCAUUCGUAACUGAUAAACAGGAACAUGUUGAAAAGCCUAAUUGGUCAUUCAAAAGUAAAAAAAUGGAUUUGUUAAUUUGAAAAUGUUCAAUUGUGUAAUACGUACUGUGUAUAAAUUCAGUUAUGUAGACUGUUUUACAAAGAAGAAAAGUAUUGGCGAAUCUGCGUGCGUAAUAACUUUACUUCAGGAGUAUUUAUUUCCUUAGCCACAAGAAAAUGAUAUGAACUGGACCAGCGUAUUAAGGCUAAAAAUAAUUUGAAGUUGUCACUGCAUAGCCACUGUAGUUGAUUAACCAACAUCGAAUUAUACUGUUCAUUUGGUUCUGUCCUGUCCCGUGGCUAGUAUAAAACAUCGGAGAUAGUGUACGGCCUUCUCAAUAAGAGCAGUGGGCAACUCUUUGGCUGCUGACAGACUUGUUCGUUUGGCAGGUGCCCUUGAUCCAACAGCAAGGCUUGACCCCCGUUUGAUGCUUUAGAUGCUUGUAUGUCCAACAAUCUUCGUGUCCCUUUAAAUGAAUCUCCUCUUGGCCAUGAGACAGAUUAGACAGAACCAAUUGGGAAGUAAAGUCCUCAGUUGUCUGUGUCUAGAAGCAGUUAAAAAAGCUGUAUCUUGUAUUGUAGUAUGAAUUGCAUUCCUCGUUCAUAUCUUCUAAUAAAUUUAUUGUUUUCAGCAA